AGAGGAGAGUACACACAAUAACAGGGAAGAGUUAAUCCGGUAAUCCCCACCCAAACAAGGUAUUCUUUGGCAGUUGGCAACUUAAUCCUACCCAGAAAGAAAAGAAAUCACACCAAAAAUAUUCGUCGAUUAUUAAGCAAAUAAUAAUCAGAGCAAAUAUUCACCAACUACUACGACGACCUUGAUUAUCUCAAACACAAUCGAUUAACAAGUUUUCCUGCUGCAGAAUUUGUGAAUAGUGCAAUACCAACAAUGAGAUUUAAGAAAGGAACUAAAGUAGAAGUACAGAGCAAAAAAGAUGUGCCAUCGGGCUCAUGGAGAUGUGCUGAAAUAAUCAAUGGCAAUGGUAAAAAUUAUACAGUGAAGUAUGAUGGCCAUGUUGGAGCUGCUGAUGAAACUACUAUGGAGAGGGUAUCAGGGAACAUCAUUAGGCCUCGCCCUCCUCUGUUGGAAGUUUCCGAAAGACCGUUUCCUUCAGAUGUCGUAGAAGUGUUUGACAACUUUUCCUGGAAAAUGGCAGCAGUUUUAAGUGUUUUGGGGAAAACUAAUUAUUUGGUCAGGCUACUUGGAUCCUCUUUGGAAUUAAAAGUUGGCAAAUUUGACAUCCGGACGAGACAAUCUUGGCAAAAUAACAAAUGGAUUGCAAUCGGAAAGGGUCAUGGCAAUUGCGAAGAUGGGAAACGUAAUGAUAUUGUAACUCUUGAAAAAAAUCCUACUUUGAGAGCCCGAUUUAAGCAGAUGAACGCAAGAGUUAAUUCACGUACAAAAAAUAAUCACUUUCAUAACAACAGUGAAGUAAAUUUUGAGGUAAAUAAUAUUGGUUUAUGCAAGUCUCUGAAGAGAAGGUCACCUCCCCGCCAUUCUCAAGCCGAACCAAGUGCAGAAGCUCCGCGAAAAAUUGAGCAAGAGUGCAGGUUGUACCGAUUGGCCUGCAUAACUCAACCCACAUUACAUGCAAAUGUAGAGGCAGUUGCUUUCCCUAGAGAAAUGUUCGAUGAAAAAUGCAUGCGUUCUUUCUUUGACAAGAGAACAACUGGGUUUUCUGAAGUAGAUCCUGCAAGGAAAAACCCAACCGGCACUGCUGGGUGUUUGUUUCACGCUAACCUAGAAUCAAAUGAUGCUGAUAGUAUUACUUGCUCUGUUGGUAGUUGUAGCAUCACUAGCAAUGCUUCCUAUAAGUUUCCUCGUCGUGAAUUUGCAGGUUUUACCGAAGAUGUAGAUGUUCUAAGUAGUGAUGCUGAAUCUUCUUGCCAGUUAGGAUACGAGGAAGGAAAUUGUCUCCUUCCCAAACACGAGGGAGUAGCAGCUGAAAUCCAUAGGUUAGAGUUGCAUGCAUACCGUUGCACUAUAGAGGCAUUACAUGCAUCGGGACCUUUAAGUUGGGAACAGGAAGAAUUAGUAACAGAUCUUCGACUUUCACUUCAUAUAUCAAAUGAUGAACAUUUGAUGGAGCUUAGAAAUUUGGUUUCUGCAGAUAACAUCAUUCCUAGUAGAUGACAGGACACUGGACCCUUUUUUUUUACCCGUUGACUGCAUUGUUUCAUUGUAGUGUAAAGUUUGGCAAACAUUUGUUAUAACUAUUUAGUUCCGUUGUAAGAUGCAGAAUAAGUGUCGUUUAAUUCUUUACUUUUGAUUUUGUAAAUUGGCCUAGAAGGAAACAAGUAAAGCUUGAAGUCUACAAGGCAAUGAAUAUUAGUGGCACUGUAGUACUGCUAAUGAAUGAUUGAUACAUUUGAAUCAGAAAGCGCCAUGUUUUUACCAACCGCUCUAAAAUAUGAUAUCGUCUUUUCUAAUCUUCCUCUAGUGUUGAUGAUGGUAUGUAACUACUAAGCAUGUGCAUGCGCCAUGUGAACUUUCUAUUGGCAUUUGAACCCUUUGGAUCUUUAAUGCUUUUGUCUCUGGAGGCAUGAGGUUAUUGUGAUUUACGACACUCCGUUAAGUUUGUCAUUUAUGCAUUCUCUCUUUUUGUUCACAGUUUUUGGUAAUCCCCUGAGCAGUAAGAGAGCUGUUUGAUGCUUUCUUUUCUCAUAUGAUUACCUUGUGGAACUUAUACUGGUGUAACUUGAUAUUCUCGGUAUCAUUUGACAGUGCUAUCAGUUCCAUCUGGGGACAUUGCUAAUGCUUCCCCUGCGUUGUCCCAGGGCUGAAGCUGGAAGCGUGAACACAUUGGUUCCAAAUGUCUAAAGGCCUUGUGAGCCUUUUUAAAUCUCUCCUGCUGAAGAAUGCAAGACAAGAAUCUUGUGGAUGUCCCAGGAUGAGUUGAAAUGCAGAUUCUUGACAGGUUUUGUUUUGAAUCUUUUGCCAGCUUACCUGUGUUGUAUUUUGCUUGUUUUACAUUACAUGCAAGAGUGUAAACAUUCCCUGAUUGGUUCUCUCAGAAUGACUGCUAUUUUUAAGCACUUUAUGCUACGUAGGAGCCGAUUAGAUGAAUCUUUUGUG